AUUUUCACCCUCAACACAUUUGGGAUGGGGGUUGGCGUAUGAGGAAACCUAAUAAUGUGAUGAGACCCUGCUACCGACUGAGACAGAGAGAGAUAGUGAGAGCGGUGUCUUGAGGUCUUGACACGACUGUGAAAGAAGACUGAAGUACUGCAUUUUGUUUAUCAUAUACAAAAUAGAUACCAAGGGAACACUUGGAAGCAGGAUUAAAUACAUCAUUUGUUCAUCUUCAUCCUCAGGAUUUUAUACUGUUCUUUGAUAACCACGUCGUUCUUCAAGAUGGAACAAUUUCUGGAUGCGCCAUCAUCGGCUUUGAACUAAGGAAUAUAACUCAGAGAUUUUUCCGGAAUUCCACAGGGCAACGGUUUAGGCACCGUGCAGUUGCCCUCGGUACUUGAACGUUUUGUUCAUUCCUCAGUCCGCAUUUCAUUUUUGUUUUCAGGAUUUCCUCAACUUUCGACAUGCUUCCCUUUGUCCUGUUUUUAUUCCUCAUUUUCCCUGCUGCUCUUUUGGUCGUUGUGCAAAGUGCCGGUGAGCUGCCAGGCGUCAGUUUCCCAAGUGGGGGUACAGGUUUCAAUCCAGGGGACCCAUGCAUGGUGGUGUCGCCACCGUGUAUAAGUGAAGCCGAUCGUUACAGCCUGGAGGCUCUGCAGAGCAUCCAUCAGAUGAUGGAUGAUGACAAGGAUGGAGGGAUUGAGGUUGAGGAGAGUGUGGAGUUCAUCAUUGAAGACAUGAAGCAACAGCAGACCAACAAACAUAGCCACCUGCACCGAGAAGACCAGCACAUCACAGUGGAGGAGCUUUGGAAAGGCUGGAAGUCAUCUGAAGUUCAUAAUUGGACCCAAGACGACGUUAUCCGCUGGCUCAGGGAGUUUGUCGAAUUGCCGCAGUACGAAAAGAACUUUAAAGACUUCAAAGUCAAUGGAAACACACUCCCGAGAAUUGCAGCCAAUGAGCCUUCAUUCCUGAGCGGCCAGCUGAGAGUUCAGGAUCAGAGAGACAAACAGAAGCUCAACAUCAAAGCUCUUGAUGUUGUGCUGUUUGGACCACCGUCCCGCCCCCCUCACAAUUAUAUGAAAGAUCUACUGCUCAUGGUGUCAGUGGUGAUGGGAGUUGGGGGCUGCUGGUUUGCUCAGGUCCAGAACAAAAGCAGCAAGAUCCAUAUCAACAAGAUGAUGAAGGAUUUGGAAAGUCUGCAGCGGGCUGAACAAAGCCUCCUCGACAUGCAGGAACAACUGGAGCGGGCCCAGGAGGAGAAACGUAAUGUGGCGGAGGAGAAACAAAACUUGGAGGAAAAGAUGAGGGAUGAGAUCAUAGGGGCACAGGAGGAAGCCCAUCGCCUGCAAGAGCUGAGACAGGGCGCCGUCAGUGAACUAAGUCGCCUCCGAUAUGCAGAAGAAGAACUUGUGCAGGUCCGUGGAGCACUGAGGCAGGCCGAAAAGGACAUGCAUGCUACUUGGACUGCCUCAGAAGUCCUCCAGCAGUGGCUCCAGUUGACACAUGAAGUUGAGGUCCAGUACUACAAUGUCAAGAAACACAGUGCUGAAUUACAGCUCGCCACUGCCAAAGAAGAGGCAGAAAAGAUUAAGAAGAAGAGGAGCUCAGUGUUUGGGACUCUGCAUGUGGCCCACAGUUCAUCUUUGGAUCAGGUUGACCACAAGAUUCUCGAGGCAAAGAAUGCCUUGUCAGACGUAACCGCGUGCCUGCGGGAGCGUCUCCAUCGCUGGCAACAAAUAGAGUGCAUCUGUGGCUUCCCCAUCAUCAGGAAUCCUGGCCUUACCAACCUCACCGCUCUACUCUACUCAGAGUCACUUGCUGCUGGUUUUCCACGAGUCCCUCAGCCAUCUCACUUAUGGCACAGCUCACUUCAUGGGUCAAUCGAGGACCUGUUAGAAGAGUCUUCCGCGGCGAUGCUGUCUCAAAUUCCAGUUGCAGGUGUACCACUUAAGAGCUCCCCUCGACCUCGAACGUCUACCAUACGCCGGUCACGCCGUCACGGCGUCACACAACCGCCUACCACUCUAAUCUCGGCAGACCCCGACCUUCUCAUCCCAAUUCGAACUCCCUAUCCUUGUUUCGAUGAGGAUGACGGAGUCUUUCGCAAAACUGUAAAGAAACAAGACUCCCAAGAAAGGUUCUCAGAUUCCGACCAUUCCACUUCACCUCCUCAUAGCAAAAUGUACCCUUGUUCCCCUACUGAUGGCUCCCGUCGAAAGCUCUAUCGUGACGAAACAGAACCUCUUGUCGAAAGGUCUCUGACAAAGCCUGCGACUAAAGAAGCGGAAGCCGACGUUGAAUCUCCAGUUCGAAAAAUUUCUCUGGAAGAACUUGAAGCCCCUGUAGAUGUUUCCUGCCGGAAGAUGGUGAAAGAUAAAGCUCCGGACUGUUCUUUGGAAAAUCCUUCGAUGAUGAUGUCAAAAGAUGGAUCGUUAAUUGAGGCGUCAUUCAGGAGGCGAUCCAGAGGUGGGAGUGAAAGUGCACCGGAUUUUGUCAUUAGAAAGGUAUCGGCCAGUGAAUUUGAUGCAGAAUUCCCACCUUGCAAAAUAGAAAUAAUAGAGGACGUAACAGACAAUUUAUCGAGGAGUCUACCAAAAGAUCGAGGUGAGUUUCCACUUGAAGUCAGGAAGAUUGUUUGGGAUGAAGUGGAGGCAUCAGAAUUGGGACAAAAGAAGUUAUCAAGAGCUAUGAUGGGGGCUUCGGUAGACACUGCCUCAAGAAAGCUGCUGGAUGGUUCCGAGGGUCCGUUUGACUUGGUCGCCAGAAGGAUUACGAGAGACUCAAUGGGAAUGUCCUUGGAUGGAAGUCCUUGUUGGCAGCUUGAUUGCUCUGUGAGAGGGACAGCCAAAGACAAAAUGGCUGAGGUGCCUAUAAUACCCUCAAGAAAAAUCUCAAAAGAGGGGUAUUUUGCAGACACUUUUUCUGCACAGGCUGUCCCCAGAGAGGAAACAGAGCAACAAAUGCACCACACAUCUUCACCGGAGAAGCUAGAAUUGGGUUCUGAAGCCUCAAUAAGUCGGAGGCAAUGUAAAGCGGAAUGUGACGUACCUCUGAGAAGGAGAGCACCUCGAUUGUCGAGAGAUGAGCGGCUUACACAAGAAAAUAACCCCCUCGACUCACCCAUAGAAGCAUAUCGUCAUCAAGUAGUGAGGGACGAAUCUGAGGAGUCUGAAUCAAACUUAGCGCCCUGUGAAAGUGAGCAGCCAGACCUUACCGCGACCUCCGACGUGCCAUGGAAGCCAUCUGCAGAUAUUUUUGCACUUGGUCCAUUGAGCCGGCUUGUUUAUGACGGCAUCCUAGAGAAGUCUUGCAACUCCAUGGCAGCAACCCCAACGAGCCUUUCUGCCUCACCUCCCAACAUUCCCCAGAGCUUUCCCAAGAUUCAGGCAGUGUCUGAGCCACCAGUGGCGCCAGCAAGAGGAAUCGACCAAUCCAGUCCAUCCACGGCUGAAGCGAAAGAUGACAGAAACAGGGAUAAAGAGAAGAGCAAGAAGUCUUUGAAGCUGAAAAAUCUUUUCAAAAAGAAAAAUGAGGCAAUGACAGAGAAGGUACAAAGCGGUCUCCAGAAACUCUGACGAUGAGAUUGAGCACACAUUUAUCUUAUCCACUUUUUUUUCCCCCCCCGAAAUGAAAUCAUCCAGCGGAGGUUUCAUUUGAACCCUUUCAGGUACAGCGGUUACUACAAGUAGACAGUUUAUCAUGUUAUCAGGUUACAGGGUGCAUGAAAGGAUUGA